UUGCAAUAUUGCUGUUCAUAUUAACCAUAAUACGAGUUAAUAUAGAAGUUCAAAAUGGAGAGCCUCCGAACUCGUAUAAAUGGGUUCACAGCCUGGGUUAACGUACGAUUGUCGCCGUCUGGCAUUUUCCUGCACAAUGUGUUAGAGGACUUACUCAAGGGAAAGAAUAUGAAAAUACUUUUGGAAAGUAUGACAGGGAAGCCUUUGAAGAAGUUGCAAAGUUUCGAUGGGUUGACGCAACAGCAGAAAAUUACCAGAGUCGAAUGGAUGUUGCGAGAACUAAAACAAAACAAUAUUAUUUUGCCUGAGGUGAAGAUUGAUACCCAGAUGUUUGCAAUGAGGAGUUCGACGCAAGUUUUCGAGCUCUUAUGGUGUCUUGUUUGCCAUGAUAUUUGGUAUGUUUGGAAAGCAUCUUUCAUGUUGCAGCAAACUGGAAGAGAUCUUGUGGCGGAGCCGUUUUCGUGGGUACCAUCGUCACCACCGAACGAUGCUGAACUUGAAAAGAAAAAAUCUCCAAGGUCUGGAUAUCCUGAGCCAGAUGCUUGCAUUUUAGACAUGAUAAAUGCGCAUUUAAAGAUGACUCGCGAGGGACGCACACUUACCCGAGGAGCGCUGAGCCUAGAUGACUUAACAGAUAGCAGGGUUUUAUGUGCUCUUGUGAACUCUUUCGUUCCUGAAACAUUCACGACUGAAGUACUUCUUAAUGAUAGGUGGACAGUGAACUUAGCUCUGCAAACUGCAAACGAGUUUUUUAAAUCACCCUGCUCGUUUGAUGUGUCAGAUCUAGCUCAGGCUGACAUUAUGUCCGUUUGUUCAUAUUUUGCAUUUUUCUUCAUGUGUGGUUACAAGCUAAGGCAAUCUCAGGCUGCUCUCAAGAGAAUGGACGAAUUGUUGUUAUUAAAAUUGGAAAUCAAAGACGAAAUAGCAAAAAUUGUGGUGAAAGGCAAAGACAACGAUAGAAAAUUGGAGUUGGAAAAAGUACUUGCCGAAAAUGAACUUCAAAUACAUGAUUUGGAAAGCCAUUUUGAUCUUUCUCAAUGUUCUGCGUGGAUGAAAGAUAUAACAGCUGUCCAAAAUAAAGUUCGAGCUAUUGUGUCAAAAAGAAUAAGAGACAAAUUUGACAUAAUUAGAGUACCAAGAAAUAUGACAAUUAAUGAUCUGACUGUAUCAUUAGUCAUCAACUUGAAUCUUACGUCUGGUGUUGGCUUUUAUGAACUGAAAACAAAGAAAGUGAUAUCUAGCGACAGGAGAAUUAUAAUUCAGAACAACAAGUCGGGAGAAUUUGUUGAUGACCUACCCUGCCAGGAAGAAAAAAAAAGCAUCCGAGCAUUUCUUGGUCUUGAAGAAACAGCAUUGGAGGAAGUUAAUCCUGAUUCUUACCCAGAUUACAAGAUAUUCGUGUCCAGUACUUCGCGUAAUAAGAUUCUGAAAGCUGGGACUUUAUUUUUGUACCAAAUCUUUCCCGGGAGCACAUUGCCUUGCCAAAGGUUACUGUUUAAGGCAACGAAAACAGCUGAAAUGGAUACAGUGCAGAAACUAAUAUCAUUCUUCCAGGCUGAUAAUACUUUUAUUAAUUCCAAAGAAGUUGGAUCUGGCAACACAGCAUUGCACAUGGCUUGUCGACAAGGGCACUUUGAACUUGUACAUUAUCUUUUGGAACACGGUGCAGAUAUUGAUGCGACCAACAAUAUGAAUUGCACGCCAUUCUUUGCCGCUGUUGGCUCAAAGCAAAGAGAAAUUGCUGAGUUGUUAAUUGAGUGGGGCGCAAACAUAUACAAGAAAAAUAACUCUGGAAAAAACGCGUUUGAUAUAAUCAGCAACGAGGGCUUCAUAGCACAUUUAUUAGAUAAAGAUAAAAAAAUGCGAUCGUUUGUAUCCCAAGUUAUUGGCGGUGACGUGGGAAAAUUUAAAGAAAUUGUCGAAGCUCAAUGUGGGGGUGAAACAUUCUUACGUAGCUUGCGUAGCAGGUGUAUUCAAGGAAGUACCUUGCUUCACACUGCUACUCAUUUUGGUGUGACAUCCUUGGUAAAGAUGCUACUCAAAGAAAGGGUGAACAUUAAUUUAGCUGAUUAUAAAGGAGCAACUGCUUUACACCGUACCAAAGAUGCAGAAACUUUGAAGGUAUUAUUAGAAGCGGGUGCAGAUAUCGACGCCGUUGAUGAUGAUGGUAAUUCGCCACUCCAUGUCAUGUGUUAUGGUGAAGAAGGCAAAGACGCGAAAUUAGAUUGCAUCGAAAUUUUAUUGCGAAGUAACCCAUUACUAACAACGAGAAAUAAGAAGGGGAUGCUUGCGAUCCAUUGCUGUGCACUUCAGGGUCGUGUUGAUGUAAUCGAACUUUUGUUGCGUUUUGAUACUAAACAGUUGCUCAGAAAAGAAUUGUGCUUGGAAAAUCAGGAUGCACCCUCGCCCCUUUUUCUUGCUGUUGCGAAUAAUCACAUGGAUUGUGGAUGUUGGUUUAGUCACAAUAGGUUCAGCUUUUUCGAUGGAGAAGCAGAUAAAUUGCUGGAAAAGAUUAUUCUUGGUGAACUACCAUGCAGCAACCACCUCCUUGCGGUGACGUUCCUGCUCGAUCAUAAUGCCUCAGCUGGCUACGUUGGCGUUGAAGGAAAUACGCCUUUGCAUCAUGUUGCCGGGAAUCCAGAUCUAAGCGAUAUCUUGCAAUUGCUUAUGGACCGAGAAGCUGACGUGAAUGCUCUGAAUGAAGACGGUGUCACACCUUUGUUUUUGGCAACACAAAAUAGCUGUAUUUAUAACGCUAGCCUGCUCAUUGGAAAGGGGGCAAGUAUGAAAUUGAAGAAUCCUCAAGGGUUAACUGCGGUGGACUUUGUGACCGAUUUUGAAGAAUGGAUCAACUCCGGUUUCUUUGAUGAAGAAACACAAGCCAGAUUCAAAGCCUACAGCCUAAAGCACUCCCGGGAUCUGGUCAGAGCGAUAACUAUAAAGGUCAAAGGAAAGGCACCGACGAUAUCUGAGAGUAAUCCUUCUAACCCAAAUUCCCAGCAUUCUCGUGUCCAACAAAUCCAGGCAGACAUCGCCCACCUCUCGUUUCCAAGACAACUGGCGUUCAGUUGAUAACCAUGGUUAUGUUAAUUAAGGCGGACCAUAUUC